GAUCCACGCCCCCGAGCGCCUUUCCCCCGUGAGCGGUGACGUCACACGAGCGGCCCGUGUUGGUUCCAGCUGACUGGCAGAGAGAGAGAGAGAGAGAGAGAGAGAGAGAGAGAGAGUCGAAAAUAGAGAGAGGUGUGAGUGUGUGUGUGUGUGAGAGAGAGAGGGAGAGAGAGGGAGGAAAAUAAGAGCCAUCAGUCUCAUCUAUCUGACUCUCAUACUACUGGAUAUUAUUAUUUUUGGGGGGUCUCUUUAUUUCUUUCAUCACAUUUUUUCGCUCAUAUUUAAUCCAAAGUUGAUUUCCGUGUUUUGGUUUUUAUUUUUGAUCCACUCUGGAGACUUCUCGCUCCGUCUUCUCUUUCUAAUCCUCUGCACUGUUUGCUGUGGACCCACACGGAUCCGCGUUUUCAGCUUUCAGGACUAAGAUCCUCCACGACCGUGAGCCGCCGUUUCACCUCCACUCACUCACCGGGGAGAAGAGGGACAGGGGGGGUCCGGUCCUGCGCGUCCAGGAUCCAAGAGGUGACAGCAACUCCCGAAGGCUGAGAGGAUGAUUUAAUCUGCCAUCAUGCUGCCAUUUUGGAGAUAAAUCCCCCUUUCUUUUUCUUUUUUUGACAUUUCUUUCUUCACUUCAUGGGACGGGCGGAGCGGCGGGACCUCAGGUGGAGAUCUUGAGCGCACCUUUCUGACGGCGCGCCUCUCAAUUAGCGUCACUAAUUGGAUUAUUUUGAUCUUGAACUCAACAGUCUGCAGGUAGCUCCUCUCCACCUUCUCCUCCUCCUCCUCCCCUAACCUCCUCCCCCCUCCUCCUCCUCCUCCUCCUUCUAGAAGUUAUGUCAAGGCCUCUCACUCAGCUCCUACCGCCGGAUCUCCCUGCCGGGGCAACAAGCCCCCAGUUCGGGGCCAGUAACCCGGCCGUAAGCGGCCCCCAAGGUGCACACCUGACCUCCAUGACCAACCUGAAGUCCCUGCUCCAGCUGCCAAUCAAGGCCGACCAGAGAGUGACCAAGGACUGCAGCGAGAUGAAAGACAAAGACAAGCCCGCAGACUCUGACGAGGACUCUGCGAGUGUUAACCCCGGACCUGGUGGGCCGGGUGGAGCCCCCGGCUCUCUGCGUUCAAGCUCUCAGUCGGCCUUCCUGGGCCCCCUGCUGUGGGAGAGGACCCUGCCGUGUGACGGGGGUCUGUUCCAGCUGCAGUACAUGGACCUGGAGGAGUUCCUGACCGAGAACGGGAUGGGGAUGCACAGUAACGGACCGAGCUCCACCAGCGCCCAGAUCCCCUCCCAGAGCUCCCAGUCGGCCGUCCCCAACCAGAGCUCCCAGUGCCCGCCGAGCUCUCCUUCACCCUGCUCUUCUUCCUCCUCCUCCUCCUCCAUGUCCUCUUCAUCCUCCUCAUCCUCGCUGCUCGGACUGGAGACCGUCCAGCCGCAACCGCCGCCGCAGCCACCUCAGCCACAGCAGCAAGGCAUGAUGGGAGGACCGGAGUGUCUACACGGUGAGUUAAUGGGGAUUUCAGUAUGGGAGACCUCAGGGUGCUGUCUUUGGAUUUGAGUCUUUUGAGUCCAGUUUUAUUCAAGUUUGAUCCAUUCCAGUUCUGCUUUUAGAUUCUUUUAGUUCUUAUGGAUCACCUGUUUCCACGUCGAUCCUAUCUGCAGAAAUAAGAAAUGGUUGUUGCUUUAAAAUUCUGAAGAGACUCGGGGACCACUGAGUAGAUUUAAAGGUUUUGAUUGGCCCGACUUGAAUAUCAAAGUCUGAACCAAAUUUGGCGUUUGGUUUCCCAAGGUCAUGAACGAGAUGUAGAAUGAGCUGCAGAUUAAAAACAGAGCGAGAGUCUGAGGAGGGAUUUCAGGAAAUCGAGAGUAAUGUGACAAACUGCAGGAUCCGAUUCUGAGAAAUCUCGCUGGUACAUUGUGUGUGUUUUUUCCUUUUUAAAUCCGUUGUUUGCCUGCACGGACACAAACGAGACGAGAGGCCGAGAGGCGAGCUGUGGCGAGAAUCAAAUCAGAAAACACUGUGGGGAAAUAAGAGAGAGAGGAAAGAGCUGCAGCGAGAAUAGAGAGCUGCUGAAGAGGAGUGAAUACCACUGGAUACUGCUGCAAGGCUCAGAGUGUGUGUGUGUGUGUGUGUGUGUGUGUGUGUGUGUGUGUGUGUGUGUGUGUGUGCAUGCUUUCACGUCGUCGCUGAACUUGGAACAUGCACAUGAGAGUGUCCUCUUUAUUUCCACAUUUGCAUGAAAGUGCUCUAAUGUGAACGUGUGUGUGUGUGUGUGUGUGUGUGUGUGUGUGUGUGUGUGUGUUUGUGUGUGUGUGUGUGUGUGUGUGUUUGUGUGUGUGUGUGAGUGUGUGUGUGUCUUUAUUCUGAAUUAUAAACACGUGACUGGAUUGAGCGUGAUGCAUCCAGCCAGAAACCCCCUCAGGUCGCUGAGAGAGAGAGACAGAGAGAGAGAGAGAGAGAUGGAGAGAGAGAGAGACAGAGAGA